CAACAGCAGGUGAGAAGCCUCCGUGCCCCUCCAGCCAAGCACCUGCUCUGCCCAGGGCCGCCCGCCGUGGAGCCAGCCGGGAUGUUCGGGCUCUGGAGAACCGUCAACAAUGUGCUCUUCUACCUCACCCUGGCCGUGGGCCUCGCAGGCCUGCUGGGCAACGGGCUGGUCCUCUGGCACCUGGGCCUGCACAUCAAGAAGGGCCCCUUGUCCCUGUACCUGCUCCACCUGGCAGCGGCCGACUUCCUCUUCCUUGGCUGCCAGGUGGGCCUCUCCGCUGCGCAGGCCGCCCUGGGCGCCCAGGACAGCCUCUACUUUGUGGUCCCCUUCCUGGGCUUCUCCGCGGGCCUCUGGCUGCUGGCGGCCUUCAGCGCCGAGCGCUGCCUCUCCCACCUCUUCCCGGCCUGCUACCGGGGCCGCCGGCCCAGGCACACCUCCGCCGUGGUCUGCGGCCUCAUCUGGGCCCUGACGCCGCCCGCCGUGCUGCUGCCAGCCCACGCCUGCGGCCUGCUGGGGGGCCGCGCGCGCCCGGGGACCUGCCUGCGGUACCACGCGGCCAGCGUCACGUGGCUGCUGUCCCUGGUGUGCGGGGCCUGCGGGGCCGGCCUGGUGCUCUUCGUCUGGGGGGGCUGCUGCUCCCAGCGCCCGCGGCCCCAGUUCUUUGGGGUCACGGUGGGCUCUGCGCUCCUGCUCCUGCUCUGCGGCCUGCCCCUGGUCUUCUGCUGGAGUCUGCGGCCGCUGCUCGGCUUCCUGCUGCCGCUCUUCCUCCCGCUGGCCACGCUGCUGGCCUGCGUCCACGGCAGCGCCAAGCCGCUCUUCCACUUCAUGGCCGGCCGCCAGCCAGGCCCCCCGCAGCCGCUGCGGGCCGUGCUCCGGCGGGCCCUGGGGGAGCAGGCCCCGCUGGAGGCCGGGGGGCUGUCCCUGCCCAUGGGCCUCCUGUAG